AGGCCUUUAUAAAGCAUGCAGUGUGUCACUGCAGACUGCACACACUUUCACAAGUGCUACGAAAGCCGCAACAAAGUACAUGCUCUUAAAACAUCUUCCAACACAGAGCCCUUCUAAAACAUUUGGAUUAAAAAAACUUUUCAAAGACUUCAAAGAAGAGGUGUCAUCUCCCCAUAGUCCUCUUCUGUGGUGCCCAGUGCUCCCCAGGCCUCAGAACCGGUCACAGCGCCAUGGUAACUCUCAGCAAGUGCUACCCCGCCAUGAGCAGCAGCCACUCGGACUCUCCCAACGUGCGGCUGCCUCAGCGUUACAAGACGUUCGCGUCCAAGGCCCAGUACCAGAUGGUCCUGGCCACGUUGCACAAGCUGAAGGAAAGCGGCUUCUACUGGGGCGCCAUCACGGGCAAGGAGGCCAACGCCCUGCUGGGCGCCGAGAACACGGGCACGUUCCUCGUCCGGGACAGCUCGGACAACCGGCACCUGUUCACCCUCAGCAUCAAGACGGCGUCGGGCACCAAGAACCUCCGCGUGCAAUGCGACGCCGCCUCCUUUUACCUGCAAACGGACCCCAAAAACAUUCACCUGAUACCCCACUUUGACUGCAUCCUCAAGCUGGUGCACUACUACAUGCCCCAAAGCAAGGGGAACACCCGGACCGGGAACGUGGACUAUAUUUACACCGGGGGCGAGAAAGUCCCUCUAGAGCUGGUCAAGCCCCUAGCCUGCAGUUUGUCCACGUUGCAGCACCUGUGCAGGAAAACCGUCAACGGACAUUUGGAUAUUUCCUCCAAAAGAGACCAACUUCCACAUCCUCUGAGGGAAUUCCUGCAGGAUUACGACGCCCCCAUUUAAAGGGACUGGGUUUUUGUUAGGAAAAGUCCGUCGUCCCCCUGCAGGUCCAGUUCAGGACGGGGUGGCCAAGAAGAGGGUGCACUCACUGCACGUAGACUGAAGUCCUCCUCUAAUGAUGCUGCUAACAAUCGCACUGUGAGGCCUCCAGGGUCUUUGUUUGUGUUGCUGACGUCCGUCCGGCGCCUUGGAAUCUUCCUCCCAGUGCAUUCUGGGAAUGCCACAGGCUUUACCGACAGAGUGGCUUCACCUUUGGCUUUGGACCAGCUUUUUUUUUUUUUUUAAAGGGCUGAACUUUGACUGAAUCCUACAUGGUGGUAGAUUACUUGAGCAAAACGACAACGGGUUCUUUGGGUCCAGAAUGGGAACCAAAAUGCAGUCUAAUUAUUGUUUUUGGGGGCACUGACAGGAACGCCACUGCUCGCCAAUGAAUGUAUUUAAAUGAAGCGUCUCCGUUGACGAGACGUGGUCUUUUUUUUUUUUUGGAGACGUCAAACCAUGUUUACAUUGAAGACAAAAUGACACAGGUGUUGUCUCGCUCUCUUUUAUAAAGAUGUACUUUUUUGCCCGCCACAGCGCUGGCGUCCAAUGCUUUAAGGUUGACGAAGUAAACACAACUUUGCACUUAUUUAUACUUGGAUCAACAUUUCAGUAAUUUAUAAUAAAGAAUGUUAUUUUUCUA